UUUACACCAUUUCAUGCAAAUGUGAGACAUUAUCAGUUAGUAUCAUUGCUUCGUUAGCUUACUUUCCUCCUCUUCUCAUUCCAUCAUUUGCAUCGCUGGCAAAUACGCUCCCCUGCCUUCUGUAUGUAUUAAAUAGCAAGCAGUGGCAGCAGUACUCUUCUGUUAUGUAUUAAGGCGAUGGGGAAGACUGGAGGAAGAAGCCCUUCCUGGUUCACUGCUGUCAGAAAGGCUUUCGGUUCUCCCACCAAGAAGAUCACCAAUUCCUGCACUGCUACAACUACUGCUACUACUGCUGAAUCUCAGGAUGCUAACAAGAGAACAAGCAAAAGGAGGGAAGACCAUGAACAAGAAGAUGAAGAGAAGAAGAGAGGGAAAAGGAGGUGGAUGAAUUUCAGCAGCAGCAGGAAGAGCAACUCUAGUAGUUCCAACACCAGCCAGCAGGAGACUGCUGCUACUACUGUCAUUCUCCACCACUGUGGCGGCGGCAGCAGGAUGGUGGUGUCGAAUUCCCCCACGGAGCAAGCUGCUAGUAAGCAAAGGCACGCCCUCGCGGUGGCGAUGGCCACCACUGCAGCCGCUCAGGCUGCAGUUGCCACCGCUCAGGCGGCGGUGGAAGUCGUCAGGCUCGCCAAUCCUUCCCUCUUCGUCAAGCAGCAUUUCGCCGCCGUCUCGAUCCAGACCGCUUUCAGAGGCUACUUGGUGAGUAUCAGGAAAACCAGUUCGUCCCAAUAG